AUGGAGUCCAAAGGUAAUGAGCUGCCUUUGAUUUUAUUUAGUAAAGUGUCAUUCAGUCUGAAAUUGAUGUUUAUACAAUCAUGCUUGAGUAAGCUGAUCAUUGCUCCAAUUAGAUUUUUAUUAUCAUAUGGUCGAUUCCAGCAUGCCAAAGGAGAAACAUGGAGUCCUUCAUUAGAUU